AUGCCUUACCUCGUCCACACGGCUCACGCGCAGACCGUUGCGCUCUGGUUUGGGACGAUCGGUUGGACGCUCGUUAUCGUUAGCGUCGGUCUGGUGGAGUGGAGACUUUGGGAAGUGUCCGAUUUGUCGGUCAUCACCUCUGGAUUGGCUUGGGUUGGUAUUUGGAGAGUGUGUUUUUAUAGCCACGCUCCGAUUUUAUCCAACAACGAGAUCAUGUUCUGUCAGCGGAUUCGUUUGUCGGAGUCGGUCACGCCACCGGAAAUCAUCGCGGCGCAGGUGCUGAUGCUCGUUUCUCUGAUUCUCGGAUUGGCGGGAAACGCCAGCGUCCUUUACGGACUCAGGAACGUUUACUUCGGAUUAAACAAGUUCAAACCCAUCAGACUGGCGUUUUCUUUUGGUGGGGUUUUGCUUAUUCUUACCGGUGCUUCUGCGCUUGUUCCCGUGUGCUGGAAUCUCAAUUCCGUUGUUAACAAUCAUACUAUAUCAUUCCCGGCGGAGUUUCGCAUGCCAUCGGCUCCGGUGAACCAGUCCAUCGGACCUGGUAUCAUCGUGGGGAUUUUUGCAUCCAUCCUGCUGGUUUUUAGCGGGAUGGUCUUUCUGUCCUACAGGGCCCCGGUCGUGCUGGAGCCCAAAGUGAGGCCGCUCAGGCCCGGAGAAGGUGCAUCCCAUGUGAACCUCCAGGGAAUUGACAAUCCAGCUUUCCAAAGCCGAGAUGUGUGAGACUGUUUUCAGGACGGAUGCGAGUGUGUG